AGCCUUUUGCAGCUACAAGGUGUAGCACACAAAUCGCCAUGUCCAGUGGUGACCCUGCGACGGACUUGCAGAGUACAAAUGUCGCAGGUGUGGAGAUGGAAGUGAGACCAUCGCUCUUGGGUGAAGAUGCAGGGAAGGGUCUGUUCGUGCUGCAGGCUGUUCCAGCAGGGCAAGUGCUGUGCGAGUACCGUGGGAAACUGCUUUGCACUGCAGAGGCGAUGCGCCUGGAAGACAAGAGCUACCUUAUGCGGGUAGGUCCUCAGGAGUAUAUAGACGCCCGAGAAGACAUCGAGGUCCUCGCCAGGUUUAUCAACGACUGCCGGAAUCCAGCUGUCCACAACGUCCGUUUUGAGAAGCGACCCGGAGAAGGCCGUGCCCUGGUGGUGGCGGCGCGUCCGAUCCGCGCUGGAGAGGAGCUGUUCGUGGACUAUGGCAAAUGGUACUGGGCCAGCCUCAGGCCAAACCGGAUCUCGGUGAAGCAGGCAGCCGAGAUUUUGAAAGCCCUGGAAGAAAUCGAGCCACAGGCUGAUGAACAGGAGUAAGAUCACAACUGCGGCCUACUCAAUCAGCAGGACCACGAGAGAAGCACUGGUCGAGCAGAAAGCCAUGCUGAUGCCAUGGAGCUGCGGUGCAGUAGGACCGGAGGACCGAGGAUGCCCCUGGCAGACGAUGCGCUACGCGUGUCGAAGCUGAGCCGCGGGGCACAUGCAGACCCAUCCCAUGGGCAAAA